AUGUCAGAGCAGGUAGAAGUCGCUGAAGUAGCACCACUUCCAGAUGCAAGAAAUAAAUUUCCAAACCCAUUAGCCAACUUUAGUAGAGGCUUGGGUUACCCUGAAUGGCAUCCAAUUGACACACGUAAAGAAGUUGGCCAGUUAUUCAAAUUCGGUUUCUAUUCAACCGUUGGUUCAUAUGCGUUCUUGUACAUUUGGAAAAGAACGACUUUCAAGUUGGAAAUUCCCAUAUCGGUAGUAACUUUCCUUACAGUUGCCAAAGGAGUACAAUCAUCAUUGGCUAAUUUAAGAGAAAAGAAUGAUUGUUGGAACACUUUUUGGGGUUUAACCGCAGCAAACACUGUUGUUUUAAGUGCUGCUUUUAGGUCUAUGCCAGCUAAACACAAGGUAAUAACGGGUGCUUUAGGUACUUCAUUGGCAACUAUCGUUGACCGCGCAUACUGGGCCCAAUCUACAAGUAGUCCAACCAACGAUGCUAAAUACGAGUUGGCCAAUGUAGAUAAAGAGUUACCACAACAAGGAUUCUGGGACAUCUGGCAAAGAAGACCCAUUACCCAAACAGUCGAAGAGUUGGGUGUGGGACGUGGUAUUUUCAAGCCAUAA